CCAGCCUGUUCGCCCGGCUCGUGCGACUGGUCGUUGCGGGCCGGUGACAUGCCUGUGAGCUGCGGAGGCUGCGGCCCCAGGUGUUUUGUAGAUUAAUUCUUCAUUGAUUACAUACGACAGCAAUAUAGUUAUGGCGACCUUCCAGCCUUUCAGAAACAGUCACGUGAAGACUAGAGCAUCUGUCAGAAAAAGCUUCAGUGAAGAUGUGUUCCAGUCUGUAAAGUCGUUACUACAGAGUGAGAAGAAACUGUGUAGUGUAUCAGCAGAGGACAGUUUAAAGCAGGAUGAACAUGCCAAUUUAACUGAGGUCACCUUUCUGGGUUUUAAUGAAGAGACAGAUGCUGCUCAUAUACAGGAUUUAGCUGCAGUUUCUUUGGAACUUCCAGAUCUUCUGAAUUCACUUCACUUCUGCAGUCUAAAUGAAAAUGAAAUUAUUUGUAUGAAGGAUAUAAAUAAAUCAUCAGAUAUAAGCAGUGCUCCUCUAAAUCAGAGUCAUCAUUCUGAAAUGCUUUGUGUCAUGAGAGUAUCACCUACAUUACCAAGAUUCAGAAUUGAUUUCAUCUUUAGUCUCCUAAGUAAAUAUGCUACUGGUAUGAGAUACACCCUGGACACGUACUCACAUCAGAAGUGCCAACUUGAGACCACUAAUGAAGAUGAUGAUGAUACUAACCAGUCCGUGUCUUCCAUAGAGGAUGACUUUGUCACUGCUUUUGAGCACUUAGAGGAAGAAGAGACUUUAAAGCCAUUUAGUGAUGGAAUAAACAUUGCUACGCUUAGAAGCCAGUGUGAUGCCGCUGCACAGACUGUUUCUGGUCCCCAUGUAGAAACCCAUGAUUUAAGGAUUCUGGUUAGCUCUGGACGGCAGAAAUCAUUAGCUAAACCCUCAAAUUCCUUAACAAAUGUUCAGGGACAUAAAGAACUACCUUCUGUGAAAACUUCAGUCACAACAUCAAUUUCAGAGCCUUGGAUCCAAAAGAGUUUCUAUAGGUCAUCUAAUGCUUCAGAUAAAGGUAGUGAUACACAGAAAAUGUUUUUUUCUUCGUCUCCUGCCUACUCAUCUGAAUCAGAAUGCUCAAGUCCAAGUCCUGUUAUUUUCUUGGAUGAAGAGGGAUAUCAAAAAAGUUUAAAAGCAAAACUUGAGUUGCCUAAAAUUCCUGUGAUGAAAGAUGAUAUAGAGGAUUCAGACUCAGAAGUAAGUGAAUUUUUUGAUAGCUUUGAUCAGUUUGAUGAACUAGAACAAACUCUAGAGACUUCUUGUCUAUUUAUAAAAGAUCCUAUCAUAGGGACGUCAUCACAAAAGAAAGGGCAUAAACAUGGAAAAUGUUGUAUGAAUCCUCAAAAAUUUAAGUUCGAUCGUCCAGCACUCCCAGCUAAUGUUAGAAAGCCAACUCCUCGUAAACCAGAAUCUCCGUACGGUAACCCGUGUGAUGUUCCAGAUUCUCCUCGCCCAGUGAAGGCAACCGGGGAAGAUAGUGGUUUGUUUAGCCCUAUUCGAUCCUCUGCAUUUAGUCCUCUUGGAGGCUGCACUCCAGCUGAGUGUUGUUGCCUAGCAGAUAAUGGUGGAGAUACAAUCCAUGAAAAUCAUGAUUCUGUGUAUUACACCUAUGAAGAUUAUGCAGAUAGUGUUUCUUGUGAAGUACUAGGCUCAGUUCUUCACACCCAACAUGCUAAUGCCAUAUCAAACAUUAAUAGUUCUAAAAGUGGAGAAAACAAAACUGUGGCUCUUAAGCAUGGAAACCUUGAUCAAAAAAGUAAAUCGAAAAACAAAUCCUUAAUGAUUAAAGAUAGCAUUCAGAAAUUUGCAGCAGAUCUCGUGGAAAAAAGUUUUGGCGGUGCAUUUAAAGACUUACAGAAAGGAGUUUCUUCAUGUACCAAUGCGUUAUGCCACUUAGCCAUCAAAUUGACAUCAUCUGUUUUUCAGAUGGCAUUUAAUGAACUGAGAAGGCAGCGUGCAUUUUCACUGAAAGAACGUGCCAUUAGUGGCCUGGCUAAUUUUUUGGUGAGUGAAGCUUUAUCAAAUGCCUUAAAAGACUUACAGUAUGUAAAGAAGCAGAUAUUUACAAAUACAGUUGCUAGGUUUGCUGCAGAUCUUGCUGAAGAGCUGGUUUUUGAAGGCAUCAUGGAAGUGUGUCAAUUUUCAUAUCCUCCAACACCUGCAUCUCCACAGUGUGGGUCGUUUGACUUUGAAGACAAAGUAGUGAAGUCGUAUGCAAAAGAUUUGUCUGAAUCUGUAAUACAGGAAGCAUUCAUUGAGCUAUCACAAGUUGAUGUGACCUUCACAACAAAGGCAGCAGUUAGUGUCUCUACAGAUAACAUCAAGUAUGUGAGUGCAGCAAGUGGAGUGCCAUCGGCACAAACAGUCACGUUUUCCCCUUCUUUUCACAGUCAAGCAGUUACGGUGACAAAACCAAUGCAGGAACAUAAAAAGGAAUACACAGUGCAGCAGGCCUUGUUUUGUACAUCUGGAAUUGUUACUUCUAUACCAGUGCCCUUGGCAGGAAGUGCCCUUCUCCCAUAUCAUAUUUCAUCUGGUAUGUAUCAGACAAAGUCUCAUCUGUCAUCUGAUGAUAGUAAUUCAAAUGGUGAUUCUACCCAAGCGCAUGUUACCACAAAAAACAAUGAAGAGGAAGUAGCUUGUCUCCGAAAUAUUUGCUUACCUUCAGAACACAAUCCAGGUAACCAGAAUGAUUUUAAACCAACUAAUGAUGAUGGUGAAAUGCAAAGUUCUUCAAAAUUAACAAGUGACCCCGUGAUAAUUAACAACUUUUCUGCAGCAAUGGUGCAUACGAUAGUAAACGAAACUUUAGACUCAAUGACAUCAUUUGAAGUUACAAAAACAGUUGAUGAACAACACACAGAUUAUUUAACUAAAUCAAUAGAGGGAAAAAACCCUUCUUCCCACUGUGAUCAAGCAACACUGCAACGGAGUGAAGCUAGCAAUAAGGACGUGUUUGCUCACCAAUUAUCUAAAUCUAUUAUUAAACAUUCCAUAGAUAAAAGCAAAUCAGUGAUCCCAAAUAUAGAUAAAAGUGCAGCACAUAAGGAAAGCUUGCCUGUUCCUGGAGAAGAAUCACAGUUGACACUGGAAAAGUUCCCCAAAUUUCUUGACUCUCAAGAUCACAGAACUCACUGUUCACUUUCAGUUGAAAAGGAUUGUGCUCCAGAAUGUAAAGGUUCUAUGGUUCAUGAAUUUUCCUUAGAGACACUACCACCUUUUCCAACUGUGGUGGGCCAGAAACCUGAUUUGAAGGAACUUGCUAAGGAUAAACCAGUGAAAAAGCAUAAUUUGAAAAAUACGUCACUUGAACCCUUUUCUUUUGGACAAGAAAGCACCUUUCCUCAUUCACAUACCUUCUCGUCGGCAGUGCUUACUUGUGUAGAUGGUUUGCAUGUGGAAGAUAAACAGAAAAUCAGAGACAGAAAUGUAAUACCUGAUACUCCUCCAUCAACUCCUCUGGUACCAUCCCAGGCUAGUUCUGAAUGGGAUAUCAAGAAGUUAACCAAAAAGCUCAAGGGGGAAUUGGCCAAAGAAUUUGCUCCUGCUACACCACCUUCUACACCUCACAACUCAUCUGUUGGUAGUUUGUCUGAAAACGAACAAAAUACUAUGGAAAAAGAAGAGUUCAUGUUGAAACUCAUGCGAUCUCUUUCAGAAGAAGUUGAAAGCAGUGAAGGUGAAGAGCAUUCCGAAGUAGAGCACUCAGGGAAGAAAGUUCAGUUUGCAGAAGAAUUAGCUACACGCAUCAUUUCUCUUGCAACUGAAAUGGCAGCUUCCCAUUUAGAUCAUAAAAUAAUUCAAGAACCCAAAGUUAACAGACCUUGCUUAAAUGCACAAAGUCAAAGAAGUAUAUCACCUACUUUUUUAAAUCACUCAGCUGAAAAUUUACAAACAUUGUGCAAUUUUGCAGGUGAUAUGGCAGCAGAAGUCAUUACAGAAGCUGGCAAAAUAGCAAAAGUUAAAAGUUGUAUGCUUUUCAGCCAAAAGAACAGUUUUUAUGUUGAUGGUGACCAAGAUUAUAGAUCAGAAGAGAAUUUGGGACAUAGGGACAUAGAGGCCCUGGCACACCCAAGAGAAAUGGAUCCAUUUGUUCUUUCAUUACCACCAAGUUCUUGUAUGUCAGGUCUGACAUAUAAGUAUCCCAGCUGUGAAAGUGUGACAGAUGAAUAUGCAGGUCACAUUAUCCAAAUACUAAAGCAGGAAGGUGGUAAUAGUGAGUUAAUAAUGGAUCAGUAUGCCAAUAGACUUGCCUACCGAUCUGUUAAAUCAGGAUUGCAAGAAGCAGCUAAGACAACCAAAGUGAAGUGCAGCUCAAAAAUGUUUCCUGUGCAAAGCUUACAGGUGAAAACAAACAAGGAACUGUUGAUGUUCUCAAAUAAAGACUACCACCAGGUAGAUAAAAAAAGACAAAGUAAAAGAAAUGGAGGUUACUUUUGUAAAAAUCAAACUUGUGAAAGGACCCAGGAUAUACAUAGAAAUGAGUGCUCUGAACUGUGUAGUUUUUCAACUUCUCUUGCUCACAGCAUAACAAGAGAUGUUAAAAAAGAGCUUAUAGCAUCUACGGUUGGCUUGCCAAAAUCCUUAACAGAUUCUUGCUUGUAUGAAAAAUCAGUAUGUGAUGAAGAUACUGAGUGUCACGUUGAACCAGAAUUGCCUAAGUCUCUUCAGCCUUCCUCGCAAAAUCACAGGUUUUACCACAGUACAGGCAGCUUAAAUGGAGAGAAUGUUGUUCAAGCUAUAGAACAGUAUGCUAAAAAAGUAGCAGAUGACACUUUAGGGCUAAGUUUAGGAUCCACAGUUUUCCAAGUGUCUGAGACCACAAAAUCAGCAGAUAGGGUCACUUAUGCAGAAAAGUUGUCACCUCUUAUAAGUCAAGCUUGCAGAUAUUGUGACCUUAAAGAACUCCAUGAUUGCACCGGAAAUUCAUCUCCGCACUUUUUCAGACAGGGUUCACUUACAAUUAGUAAGCCAGCUUCUAAUUCAAAAUUUAGCACCAUCUAUCAGAAAUCUAGAAUUUUUCAUCUCGAUGUCCCUCAAAUUCAUGUUAAUCUUGACAAGAAGACAGUGCUUGCUGAGAAGAUAGUUGCUGAAGCUAUUGAAAAAGCAGAGCGAGAGCUGAGCAAUGCCAGCUUGGCAGCUGACAGUGGCAUUGGACAAGAUGGUGCCAGCUUUGCUGAGAGCCUUGCCACAGAAAUAAUGACAUCAGCUGUGACAAACGUUGGACAUGCUGCUAGCAGUUCAAAACAAAUAGAAGACUUUCAGUCAACUGAGUCUUUUGGUAGCCAGCAGAUGAAUCUCAGUAUUGGUGAUGACAGCACUGGUAGCUGGUCCAAUUUAAGUUUUGAAGAUGAACACCAAGAUGAAAGCAGUAGUUUUCAUCAUCUAAGUGAAAGUAAUGGUAACAGCAGUAGCUGGAGCAGUCUUGGUUUAGAAGGAGAUUUGUAUGAGGACAAUUUAUCCUUUCCAACAUCAGACAGUGAUGGACCAGACGUUGAUAAAGAUGAAGAGCAUGAGGACGAUGUAGAAGGUUUGAGGCAAGAUGGAAAGACUCUGCUAAUUACGAAUAUUGACAUGGAGCCAUGCACAGUAGACCCCCAGCUAAGGAUUAUUCUUCAAUGGCUUGUUGCCUCUGAGGCUGAAGUUGCAGAACUUUAUUUUCAUGACUCUGCAAAGAAAGAGUUUAUACUACUUUCAAAACGAUUGCAAGAGAAAGGAUGGAAAGUGGGAGACCUUCUGCAAGCUGUGCUGCAGUACUACGAAGUGAUGGAAGAAACUGCCAACGAGGAGAGAUGCAAGUCACUGUUUGAUUGGCUCUUGGAAAAUGCAUAGAACAAACCCCAAACCAGUAUAUUAUAGUAUUUGUUUUGGGAGGGGAAGAAACAAAGAUGCUUAGGAUAAAAUUUGAAUAGUGAUUAUUAACAUUUUAAGUGAAUUGGGAGGAAAGUAAAUAGAGCUUUUUAAGUGCUUUGUGUCAUCAUACAGUGUAUAUAGUUCAUACUUUUGUAAUCUGUCAAAAUAUUAUCUUCAUGUAUUCUUCUAUACACGUGUGUAGUACGAUAAGACCCUAAGAACAUGUAUUUGAAGGAAGGUCUAACCAUGAGGUUUUCAGGGGCAUUGUCUGACAGCAUUCUUUUUGCAUCCAAAUCGUGCUGCUAGAAGCUGCACUGAAGUGGCUGAGGAUAGGUUCCAGUGAUACAGUUGUAAUUUUGCUCCUUUGCAAACAAAUGGCAUCUCAUUAAUAACUAGUCUGACAUAAAAAAAUAAAAUUGAGGCUAAUUUUUUUUUGGUUUCUGGUAGAUUUUUUGUCUUUUUGUCCUGUUUUUAAAAAUUAAUUUUAUUCUCAUAGUAUUCAGCUAUUGGUAGUUUUUUGAUUUCCCCAAACUAUUUCUUAACAGAAACGUUAAUAUUUUUGGUUUCUAUGAACACUGUGAUAGUUUCCCCAUCCUUUCAUCAAAUGACAUAUUUGCCAAUGCUGACUGCCAAUGCAGUCUUUCUGGCAUGAAAGUGAUGGGGGGUGUGUGUGUGUCCCUGUGUGUGUAAAGGAGUACUUUAACCUUGCUAGUGGUUUGUUCCCUCUUUUAUUUUACUGUUUUCUUUGUUAAAAACCCACUGUUAAUAUUAAAAAGGUGCUUUAAAAUAAAAUGUCUAUAAAGAUUGUGCAGUAAGAAUUUUUAUUUGUCUUUUUGGCUAUUUUGGGGUCCCAGCUUAUCCUGUAAGUGAAAAUUCGAAUUGGAAAACAUUUUGAAAUUUUAAAAAUUAAUAUGGAAAUGCAUUUGGAGAAGCCCAAUAAUUGUUUUCAUUGUUGGAUUUUUGAAAAAAAAAAAUCUCCACUUUACUAAGGAUAAGUUUUUUUCUAGAAAAAAAUGGGAUUUUUCCCCCCUUAUAAAAUUUAUCUGCACUAUUUUGUAAAGUUCUUUGCCAUGAUCUUUCUGGGCUCUACAUUUCCUACUACUUUGUCUUUAGAAACUGCAAGUUGGUGUGAAUAAAGGACCAAGCUUGUGUCUUGGUUUUGUAUGUGUGGGGGUGUGUGUACAUUUUUGAUUCUCCCACUAGCAUAUUUUGUAAUCUAGGGUAAAUCACUUUUUGUGGGAGCUUUGAUUUUUGCUCCUUCACGUUUUCUUUUUUCCUGAGCACUGACUAUUGAAAGCUGCACAAAAUGUAGAAGACAUAGCACCUGCCAGGGAGUAGGGAAUAAGGGCACUUAGUGUUAAUGUGAAUUAAUAAUUAUGGCAGAGAAAUGUGUUUUAUAGUGAGAGAUUCAAAUUUGCUUUUUAAGAAAAAUGCCAAAAGCUAUUUAAAUAUUUUGAGGUUACAUUGUAAGCUUUGGUUUUUCUCAAUUUAAGGUACAGAAAUAGAGCAAGCCUUAAACAUAAAUUUUCCUAAAGUUUCUUCAAGUAUUUUUUAAGGUGGAGAAAUGAAGGAAAUGUAUAACCAGAAUUGUUUCUUCUUUUAGUUUUUCAGAACUUGAGAUGUGGCAGCACUGAACUGAGUUUCUAAACAUUAGGACCAGGAAUGUUUGCUCUUGUUAAUUAUAACAUGGACUAAGUGAUCAUUAAGUUUAGAUUACAUUUUUACAAGUGUCUAAAUAUCAAAUUGUGUUUAGUAACUUGGUUAUAUGUAUAGGUUUGAUCAACGGCAAAAUUGAAUUCUGAAUUUAUUUUAUUAUGAUUUUUUUUGUCAGAAUGUGACCUUGUUUGGAAUUGAUUUCUUUUAAGGUGACAAUAUAUUCGUUUUGUAAAACUUUCUGUGUUUGAAAAUAUUUAUGUUUAUUUCUGUUAAUGGUAUAAUCAUUUCGAGGUGAGGUUUUCCUCAUAUUCUUACUUCCUUUGCAUUUUGCUGGAACCGUGCUAGGUUCGGAGUUUCCUAAUUUAACCACUACCAGUCAGACCAGUCAUUAGGUAUUAGCAUGUGUGGUAGUAUUGGUAGUAAUAAUAAUAGAAGUCCACACUUCAUCAAUUCAGUGCAAGAGCAUAGAGAAAAAUAUUAAGUAUUGGAAGAUGUGAAAAGAAGUGUGAGUUAAGCUUUCUCAUAUAGAGAGGAAACAUUCGGGUUUAGAGCAGUAUCUUUUUAUAAAAUAUAGUCUAAACUUAACUUUCUUUAAAGGCACUUUGUGAUUUUCCAAAGACGUUCUAGAUCUGUUUGGUUGCUCCAUCUUCAGAACAGCUCUGUUGAGGACAACUCUGUCAUAUUUUAUUACAAAUCUGCUUGACAUAUUUAUAUUGUAACUUUGUAAUAUUACCGUUCUGCGCAUUUUGGCCCUUAUGAAAAAUGUCUUUUUCAGAACUGUUAAAGUUGUGAUGUGCAUUGAGCUGAAUUCUCUGUUAACCAAUUUCAAAACCUUCGAGUGAUAUGUGGAAAGAAAGUGAAUGAGACCGCUGAUAGGGGAUUUUCAGAAUCUUAUUUCAGACUGAAAUGUGGCAAUUCUUUCAUGUUCUUCUUUUCCUAAGCCAAGUUUAAAUUACAUUUAUAUUUUUGGUGUUGAUAGUGAUUUUGAAAAUAUUUCCUGAUUUAUACAAAAGGAAUGAUUGAUUUAUAAGUCACAGAAGAAAAGAUAGUAUCUGUUGGAUGGUUUAAUACAAUUUAAUGGUGUUAUAAAAGAGUUUAAGAGUAUUCACUCAGCGAAUAUACAUAACAUCUUUACACUUUGGAAAAUGUUCCACUUACCCUUUCAGAUAGUUGAUGUGAAUUAAUUCAAUUCAUAAUACUUUAAUUUUGCUUAAACAAGGGUUUUACAUUACUGGUAGGAGAAUUUACUUACUUAUUAAAUGCACUAUGUAUAAAGUAAAAGAUAGUUUACUCAUGUGACUUUGACAUUAGGUGACUUUGACAUUAGUGCACGUUUCCCAAAUGCAAAGUUUAAUCUUGAUUCCUCAUCAGAGUCCAGAUUUAAAUGUCUACUUAGUUAAUUAUUUAGCUAAUAUUAUUCUUCCAGAAUUAAUAUAUUCAGUUUCCCACCAAUAUAUCACUUUAAAUUUUAUGUUUUUCAAAGGAAUCUUUCCAUAGAAUUUAAAAAAAAAGGACACAUCCAUACUCAGGAUGUAGGGAAAAUACUUUCCAUUUAAAACCCUGUCCCCCUGUCACCAGCACAAGAGAAUAAGAGUUUCAGUGGGAAUUAUGAAAAUUGUACUAAAGCAAAAAGCAUUUUUUCUCAUUUUCAGCAAAAAUCCUGUAAACAUUUACUCAUUUACUGUAUUCCUGCUCUGAAGAUGCAGAUACAGUGUUAGUCACUCUUGUCACUUUAUUUAUUUUUUUUUUUACCAUCUGUGUACAUUCCUUUCAUAGGUAGUUCUAGAGAUUCUUAUUUUGUUUUUGUUGUGCUAUUUCAAUACUAUUUAAUAUCAAGUUUUAAUAUUGCUGGAUUUGCUACCUUUGGUUACUUGUGCAGUGUUAAAAAAGUAAUCUACAUUCUUGUUUAAUAUACCAGAUAUAUAGCAAAAGCAGCUUUGAAUAAUUAUAGCUGUUUAUUUGGCUGUGCUCAAUUACUACAUUAAGAUUUUGUACUGUGUAACAGUAACUUUUUUUUUGCUCUUCAGUAAUUUAAUAUGUUCACUUACCAAAAUACGAACUUCAGGAUGCACUCAAAUUUUGUUUUUGCAGUGGCUCAAAAAAAAAUUCAGAAAUUUCUUUUGUAAUAAUUUGCAAUUAAUUGUUCUUUUAUCUUACAAUUGUUUAAGCCUGUGAUCUUUCUUCUCCCAACUAAGAGUUCUUCAAUAAAUUUAAGAAAUACCUGUCCUUCA